GAUGGAAAACGAUGGUCGUAUUGUUUAUUUGGAGAUGACGGCAGCUGAAAUUCUCAGCGAGGGAAUGGAAUUGAGACUUUCGAGGGAUUUGAUGGAAAGAAUUUUGAUCGAUAGGCUUUCAGGUGAUUUUCCGUCGGCGGAACCGCCGUUUCAGUAUUUGGUUAACUGUUAUCGUCGAGCAUAUGACGAGGGAAAGAAAAUUGCUUCCAUGAAAGAUACGAAUGUGAAGUCUGCGAUGGAAGUGGUGGUUAAACAGGCCCAAAAAUUGUCGGUUUCGUAUUGUAGAAUUCAUCUAGGGAAUCCUGAUAUGUUUCCGAAUUGGGAUACGAAUAAAAGCAAUGUUUCUCCUUUGUUGCCAUUGAUUUAUUCGGAGGUUGCGGGUUUAGUUGAUGGGUUUGGAGGGGGGAGUAGUAGUGGGGGGGUUUCAUGUCCACCUGGGUUUCUGGAGGAGUUUUUUAGGGAUGAAGAUUUUGAUACUAUGAACCCGAUAUUGAAGCAGUUGUAUGAGGAUUUGAGAGGGAGUGUGCUUUCGGUUUCGGCUCUUGGGAAUUUUCACCAGCCUUUGAGGGCUCUGUUGUUGUUGAUCAAUUACCCCAUUGGUGCAAAGUGUUUGGUAAAUCACCCUUGGUGGAUUCCGAAGGGAGCGUAUUUGAAUGGACGGGUUAUGGAGAUGACUAGCACUUUAGGUCCUUUCUUUCAUGUUAGUGCUUUGUGCGAUCAUGCCCUAUUCAAAGGUCACCCUGAUGUCGGCCAACAAUGCUUCUCAACUCGUCGUCGCACUGAUCUGUUAUCUUCAUUCACAACAAUCAAAAACGUCAUGAACAAUUUAUAUGAUGGCCUGACAGAAGUUCUUAGGUGUCUCCUUAAAAAUACAAAUACCCGUGAGAAUGUUCUUGAGUAUCUUGCGGAGGUAAUCAACAAAAACUCGUCAAGGGCUCAUAUACAGGUUGAUCCAAUGUCUUGUGCAAGUUCAGGCAUGUUUGUGAAUCUCAGUGCUGUCAUGCUUCGUCUCUGCGAGCCAUUCUUAGAUGUGAAUCUAUCUAAAAGGGAUAAAAUUGAUCCUAAAUACGUAUUUAACACUACCCACUUAAAUUUAAGGGAAUUGACUGCACUGCGUGCAUCAUCUGAUGAGGUUGCUGAAUGGUUAAACAAGAAAAAUCCUACAAAAAUUGAUGUCUCAACACAAGGUAGUGAUGGAGAAAAUCGGUUGCUGCAAUCUCAAGAAGCAACCAGUUCUGGCAGUAUUGCUGGUGGACCUUCUUCCCUCCACAGUAACAAGCCAAUGUCAAGUUGUAGCGAGAAAGCUAAAUUCCCCUUUAUUUGUGAGUGCUUUUUUAUGACCACAAGGGUGCUCAAUCUGGGCCUGUUAAAAGCAUUUUCUGAUUUCAAGCAUCUUGUUCAGGACAUUUCAAGAUGUGAAGAUACCCUCUCAACUUUCAAAGCCCGGCAGGAGCAAACACCUUCUCAACAACUGGAGCGAGAUAUAGCUCGCCUUGAAAAGGAAAUUGAGAUAUAUUCACAGGAAAAGCUAUGUUAUGAAGCGCAGAUACUUAUGGAUGGAGGCCUUGUUCAGCAUGCCUUGUCUUUCUACCGGUUGAUGGUGGUUUGGUUAGUGGGUCUGGUAGGGGGUUUUAAAAUGCCUCUGCCGUCAACAUGCCCCAUGGAAUUUGCAUCUAUGCCAGAGCAUUUCGUGGAAGAUGCCUUGGAAUUGCUUAUUUUUGCCUCUCAGAUUCCAAAAGCUUUGAAUGGGGUCUCUCUGGAUGAUUUUAUGAACUUCAUCAUCAUGUUCAUGGCAAGUCCAGAGUAUAUUAGAAAUCCAUAUCUAAGAGCGAAGAUGGUUGAAGUACUGAACUACUGGAUGCCCCAUGGAAGUGGCUCAUCUAUUACAUCUACCCUAUUUGAAGGGCACCAGUUGUCUCUAGAAUAUCUUGUGAGGAAUCUUCUAAAGCUUUAUGUUGACAUAGAGUUCACAGGUUCCCACACACAGUUCUAUGAUAAAUUUAACAUCCGCCACAACAUUGCCGAACUUCUUGAAUACCUAUGGCAGGUUCCUAGUCACCGCAAUACAUGGAGACAGAUUGCUAAGGAAGAGGAGAAGGGUGUCUAUCUGAAUUUCUUAAACUUCCUAAUCAAUGAUAGCAUCUAUCUUCUCGAUGAAAGUCUUAAUAAAAUUCUUGAACUCAAAGAGCUGGAAGCUGAGAUGUCUAAUACGGUAGAAUGGGAGCAAAGACCAGCUCAAGAGAGGCAGGAGAGAACCCAACUUUUCCACUCUCAAGAGAAUAUCAUACGGAUUGAUAUGAAACUGGCAAAUGAAGAUGUGAGCUUGCUGGCAUUCACUUCAGAGCAGAUUACAGCUCCUUUCCUACUUCCAGAGAUGGUUGAAAGAGUGGCCAGCAUGUUGAAUUAUUUCUUGUUGCAACUUGUGGGACCCCAAAGAAAAUCUCUUAGCUUAAAAGAACCUGAAAAGUAUGAGUUCGAUCCAAAACAGUUGCUUAAGCAGAUUGUGAAAAUAUAUGUUCAUCUAGCAAGGGGUGAUAAAGAAAACGUUUUUCCAGCUGCCAUCACUAAGGAUGGUCGUUCCUAUAACGAACAGUUGUUUACUGCUGCGGUACAUGUCCUCAGGAGAAUUGGUGAAGAUGGGAGGAUCAUCCAGGAAUUCAGUAGGCUCGGUUCAAAAGCCAAAGCUGCAGCUUCUGAGGCCAUGGAUGCCGAAGCUGCCCUUGGAGAGAUACCAGAUGAAUUCCUAGACCCCAUCCAAUACACUUUAAUGAAGGAUCCAGUUAUUUUACCUUCUUCAGCGGUCACAGUCGACAGACCCGUCAUUCAGAGGCAUCUUUUAAGUGAUAAUAGCGAUCCAUUCAAUCGUUCCCCUCUUACCCCGGACAUGUUGAUUCCUAACACCGAGCUUAAAGCGAAAAUUGAAGAAUUCAUCAGGUCCCAAGACUUGAAGCGGCGUGGAGAAGAUUUGAAAAUGCAAAGCGCAAAAGCUGCAAUACAGACUACAACCGAUAGGAUGCCACUAAUUGAUUAGGAAGUGAUUUUAGAAUUUCUAAUCAUUGUAAAUGUGAAUUAUUUGUAUUUUUAUGACCAAAGUAAAAAUGUACUAAUAUGAUUAUACCGAUAAUUAAUCAUUAAGUGCUAAACUGUGAUCAUCUACAUCUCUCUGUUUCUGAUCAGGGUUUAACUUCCUGAUAGAUUCUGAAGCUUUGCGUUACGAUUUGGUGUGUGAUAGAUGCAGG